AAAUGUUUGAUGUUUCACGAUGAGAGUACACGCGACGCCAAAACAAGACGUCAGAUCAUACAUGCCUUACAUAAUACUGCCCUUAAAGAUCGCUGCCUGCUGGGAAUGGUUCCCAAAUACAAAAGAGAACUAUCAAAUGUUCAUCAAUAAUAUCUAUUUGGGGAUGGUGUUAUUCGUCUUGACUCACGUUGCGGCUGGCUUAGUAGUCCAUUUGUACACCGAAUGGCAAGACGUGAUGUCUAGUCUGGACAAUAUAGCGGAUUCCCUGCCGAUUCUGGUGUCAAUAGCCAUUGUGGCUUAUUGCGCUUUUAAUAGGCAGGAACUGUAUGGCCUCGUUAGCUUUAUGGACGGAAACUUCAAAUAUUAUUCGGCGUGGGGACUCACGAAUAUGACGAUGGAGAAUAGUUUCCAAUCUGCGCGAAGGUUUGGCAGAAUUUAUACCGCUUGCACGAUGUUUAGCGUUACUAUGUACGCGGUUCUUCCUGUUAUAGUGCAUAUUUGGACUAAACAACCGAUAAAAAACUGGUUGUAUAUGGAUGUGAAUCGGUCUCCAUUCUUUGAAUUCGUCUUUUUGAGGUCUUGUUUGACGCAGCUGUUUGUUGGACUGGCUAUGGGACAGUUUGGAGUAUUCUUCGCCUCAAAUUCAAUUCUCAUUUGCGGACAGCUUGACCUGUUGUGUUGCGGUCUGCGGAACGCGCGAUACACCGCCUUGUUACGGCACGGAGUGGAACGCAACAGUCUUGCGUCUUACGUUUGGGAACUGAAGUCGAAUGAGAGACACAAUCAUAUCUACAAUGUAGCUGAAAUGAAAAGUUCGGACGAUCAUUACGACGAGAGAGUGGUACACGUUUUCCCGAAAAAAACACAAUUCGACAUCUACAGUAAGACUUACGACGAGGCUACUAGUAAAGCUCUACGCGACUGCGCGGCUCUGUGUCAAGUUAUAAACGAAUACAAAUAUAGGUUUGAGCGCUUCGUUUCUCCGCUGCUGGUGAUCAGGGUUGUACAAGUCACACUCUACCUUUGCACUUUGCUGUACGCUGCCACGUUGAGAUUCGAUAUGAUCACCGUCGAAUACCUUGUAGCGGUCGCGCUCGAUAUCUUUGUUUAUUGUUAUUAUGGAAACCAAAUUAUACUACAGGCUGAUCGUGUUUCCACGGCGGCUUAUCAAUCCUCCUGGCACACCAUGGGCGCAGUUCCUCGUCGCUUACUCCUCAAUCUGCUGCUCGCCAACAGGAGGCCCGUGGUAGUACGCGCGGGGAGGUUCCUACCCAUGGACUUGCAUACUUUUGUUGUGAUAAUCAAGACCUCCUUCUCAUAUUACACACUACUUGUAAACGUCAACGAGAAAUAAAAUACUAUUCUAUAAUAUGUGGGUAGUCUAUUAAAAAAAAUUGAAAUCAUUAAGGAUAAAUGCAUGCGCCGGUAGAGAAAACAACUUUUGUAAUGAUGGCUAUCUCGACUGUAACAUAAGCAGCUUAUCACACAAUAAAGUAAUAAAACACCAAUAAAUAAA